AUCAACGUCCGCCACAGACCUCCAAAGUAUCUCCAAGCGAAACGUGAACAGUCGUUUAUCCUCAUAUUGCUGGUGUCUCUGGAGUAUAUUGUUGUGUUAUUUAAAUUAUAUUUAAGUAGCUAAAUAUGGCGUCAGGUGUCACUGUCUCUGACGCUUGCAAAACAACUUACGAAGAAAUUAAAAAAGACAAGAAACAUCGGUACGUGAUUUUUUUCAUCAAAGAUGAGAGACAAAUCGACGUGGAAGUAGUAGGUGCUCGAGAUGCGGAAUAUGAUCAGUUUUUGGCUGAUUUACAGGCUGGUGGUGCUGGUGAGUGUCGAUAUGGACUCUACGAUUUCGAAUAUAUGCAUCAGUGUCAAGGUACAUCGGAAUCGUCCAAAAAACAGAAACUCUUCCUAAUGUCUUGGUGUCCAGAUACCGCAAAAGUUAAAAAGAAGAUGUUAUAUUCAAGCUCUUUUGAUGCUUUAAAGAAGUCUUUAGUAGGCGUACAAAAGUACAUCCAAGCCACAGACCUUUCUGAGGCCAGCCAAGAAGCGGUGGAAGAGAAGCUACGAGCAACCGAUCGUCAGUAGCAUGCAUCCUUUUUUUACUCUCAACAUUUAUCUACUGCUACUCUUCACCCUGUGAAGUGUUUAUUUAUAUAAGAAGUAUUUGAGUAACUAUUUAAUAAAGCUUCAUUUUAAAUUUAA